GUGGGGAGUGUAAGCGAACUCUCAGGUAGGAGCGUCCCUUUUUGCACCAUGUGGCAAUUUGUGUUUCAGCAAGAGAUGCAUCGAUGAACGUUGAACGUUUGAAAUUUGAACUGCCGCGUAAGUUCGUCGUGUCGAUUCCGCUGGUGAUAUGUAUUUAAUACUUGUUAUAAUGGUGCGUCGAUCUGACAUUCACAACACCCACUUCUUAUAUUGCACAUUGUCUCAUUGUAAUGGAUAUCACUGAAAAACAACAGUUGUGAGUGACAUGGGCACAAACACCAUAAUCUUGACAUUAUUAUUUGCCAGGUUGUUUCACUUGUACACCGUUCUCGUGGCAAACAGUAUUCUGAUAUACGAUCAUAUAGUGACCCUCCCAGAAGAAAUCAGGUUUAUUUGGUGUCGUCCGAAAAUACUGUCUUCAAUCUUCUUUCUCGUUAAUCGCUAUUUUGCCCUGGUCGGCAAUAUCUUUGGCUUGUUUAUCGAUUUCCUGCCUGUCGUUUCAAAUGAGAGCUGUUCGAGAUACAUGCUAGUCAGAGAGCUGCUCCUUUUUCUUCAACAAAUCACUGUUUCCUUCACGUUGACUCUGCGCAUUUAUGCCCUGUACGGCCGUAGCAAGCGCUUACUUAGUUGCAUGAUAAUCAUCGGCCUUGCUCUUACGGGAGGAGCGUUUGCGAGUUCGUUGAGUGAUAACAAUACUACGAUUUACGUCCAAGGAAGUGAUUGUCAGAACACAUUCACAGCAGAGGCAGCCAUCCGUCAUGGGCUGGCUUGGGUUGCAGUUUUUGUCUAUGAUUCAAUCAUUUUUGUCCUCACAAUCUUUAGGACUUGCAAGACUAGGAAAUUUCUGCGGUCAUCUCUAUCCAGCAGAAAUAUCCCUAAUAUCAUGUUUCAAGAUGGUGCGAUGUAUUUCGCAGCGAUGACAUUGAUUAAUCUACCCAACAUUCUGACGUACUAUUGUGGUUCAGAUAUCACCAGGGGAAAUCUAGCCACGAUUACUAGUUGCAUAUCUGUCACUCUCAUCUCUCGGUUGGUGCUUAACCUGCACAAAUCUACGGACAAUGGCAUUUUCUCCGCUCCCAUCCGGGAUGAUGGCCCUAGCGAAGAUGUCUUUACCACCAGAGUACAAGCUGUGAUUUCCUCUCACAAUUGCUAGGUUGAUUCUCGGUUUCCGUUUCUGGAUGUCAAGUUGCAGAAUUUUUUUUUCGCUUUCGUUUGACGUUUCAUAAUACCAUAAUUUAUAAGUAAGAAUAGAAUCACUAUUGUAUUUCGUACAGUUCUCCACUAGUAGAGUAGAUACGUCUAUGUAACUGCCACUCGGGUGUUACUAGGUGUCCGUUUAAACUUUGAACUGCUUGCAACAUUGCC